UAACAGUACUGCCAUUAGAGCAUGAGUGAUUGAAACUAUAACUUGAAUGGGCUUGGUUGGUCCCAUGACUUAAAGAUGGGCAUUGGAUAGCGGAUUUGAUCCAGAGUGAGUUAAAGAUAGAAAGGAGGGAUACAAGUGUGCCUUUUUCAUUUAUUAAGAGUUCUUCUUUAGGGAUCUUAGCUUGCCACAGCAUCCAAAUAAGGUAGAUGAGCAUUACUUUUCUCUCCAUGGAUAGUAAGAAAUCAAGAUCUGAAUGCUAUUGAAAGACAAACAGCCAAGCUAGGCAUGCAGGCAAAAAUGUGUCUGUUUGUGGAAUAGCCUGAUUUCUGAAAUUACGAGGAGGAUAAGCCUCAGAAACUGAGGAGAUGGGAAAAGGAGUGAGAUGUGUGUAGAUCAUUAGUCCUUGCUUCUGGGUUAAUGUAAGUGGUGAAGCGAGUUGAUUCCUAACAGGGAAGAAGAGGUAGGAAUGUUGAUGGGGAUUUUACUUGUUCCCCAAAACAGCAUUGUGGGAAGGGGAAAACUCCUCACUGACUGGCAGGAACAUACGAACAAGUGCACAGAUCCUAGAACUGCAAAAGGAGCAGCAGGACAAGAGGGUGGUGGCACACAAUUUGUCUGGUGUAUCUGUUGUAAUUUCCUUGGAAAUAAAUAGGAGGUAUUACUUUUGGUGUGACCUACCAAGCAUAGUGCCAUUCCUGCAGGGGAAAAGCUACUGUCUUUUCUCAGUCCUAUUAGGCUACUGUUUGCAAAGUGAAGAAAGAAGCAGGGAGGAGCUUUUCAGUUUCAAGAAGUGCCUGAUUCUAUAUUGCAAACUGACAGCUUUUCACUGGGAGUGUACAGAAGUGAUAAAUAUUCCCUUAUCAUGAUCCAAACACAAAAUCCUCCCCACCCUGAGGCUCUGUGGUAGGUGACAGCUCAGAGCGUAGGCCCUGCUCUUAUCAUCCACAUCAAACUUGGAGAGCAGCAGUUGAUGUCUGCUGGUUGCUCAUAUUUCUGAUCACUUGUCCUUGGUGGUGGCAGCAGAGAAUGAACUUCCCUUUUUCUAUGGCCUGCUCUUGAAAAUGUAUAGAGAAAUGCCUGAUGUGAGUGGGGAAAGGGGCAGGUGAAUUCCCCCUAAUGAGGUCAGAAAAACCCAGACUUAAGCUUGAGCAGAAAUCUUGAAAACAAAUCUACAGGACUGAGAUCUCGCUGAAAUAAUCUGGAUAGCUUUUGCAGAUCUGCCUUGCUGGGCAGCUUUUCUCCCAGUGGGUUCUUAGGGAGACCUGCAGGAAGUGGUGAGCAAAGGCGGGAGGACGUGCUUCCCUGAGAGAUUGCAGGAUGGAAAAGCAGCACUAUAAUUCUCUCCCUCAGGAGAGAGCUGGCUCUGUGGCACACCCACUGUAUCCCGACAUGUAUGUAUCCACAAACGGUGUCUGCCAGUAGGAAAACACCUGACGAAUACAAAUGGCCAUUGCUGCAAAGCAGACAUCUCUGUUCUUGAGAAAUUUUGUCCCACUCCUGUCUCACAGGAGGAGGCCGGAGCACACCUGUGGACCUGUGGCUUCUCUUUCUGCAAGCUCUGACAAAGGUAUGUGCUGUGACAGAACAGUUGUAAGUGAAGAAACGCUGGAGUGGAAGUCUGUGACAGAGGAUCCUGCACUUUUCAGCUGGGCCUGACGAGUUCAGCCAGCUGACUCUGAGAUAAACAGAAUCCAGAAGUGAAAAAGGCAGUUCCUUCCACCACAAUGAGCUCUGAACGUGAAGAAGUUGAUGUUGCAAAAACUGUUGUCAAUGGGCUGAGCAGCAAUGGACAAGAAAAAGCUGUUGACGUCCCUUUAUACACACGCUCUAUUUCUGCUGUUACAAUAAUCCCUGUGAAGAAAGUGAAAAGUUCUCCUCAUCUAGUGCUACCUACAGAAACGGAUCCCACUAAAGUCUGCAGUGGAAAAGGAGCUGUGACCCUCUGGGCAUCUCCACCCUGUGAAGGGAGUCAGAAAAUCUCUUCACCAUGUCCUCAGGAUGCUGAGAAACCUGAAAAUGAUUGGAGAUCGUCACCCAACACUGAUGCCAAUGGGGAUGCACAACCAUCUUCUCUGGCUGCCAAGGGUUAUAGGAGUGUGCGUCCGAACCUUUCCUCAGACAGCAAGCCACAGGCCCUUCCUCCUCCCCGUCCUCCUCUCCCCAAAGAGGAAAGCUUUGCAUGGCGUCCUCGCACUGACACUAAAGCAACCAACCUGCUGCCAGUGCCCAUUAUGGACUGUGUGUACCUGAAUGCACCCAAGCCUUCUGCUCAGCGCGCAUCACUAAAUGCCAGUGCACGGUGUUACUUCUCAUCACCCACCCCCUAUGGGGCAGUCCCCAGUGGGAAGCAAGGCUUGCCAGCAGGGCAUUUUCCUUCUUCAGGUCCCAGAGAUAUGGUGCAUGUUGGGCAGCCACUCUUGGAAAGUAGCUCCUCAUCAAAUGCAUCAUCCUUACAAUGCAACCCUGACAGGGCAGAUCCCAAUAGUAAGGCUGGAAUGAAUUCCAGUCAUGAGACGAAGGCGGAUAAAAAGGUCAGCAGACUAUAUGUAGCUUGUUUAUCUAACAACACUUGCUCGGCCACAUCUGAAAAUUCCACUGGCACCACACAUGACCCAUCAGCCAGCACCAGUUUGGGAGCUGAGGUCACUCAGGCACCAGCCACCGAUAUUGUUUUCUCUGCCACGGGAAAAGCUCUUCCUGCUCCUCCUCCUCCUCCUAUUCCUCCCAGGCCGUACUUUUACAUUGUCCUCAAUAAAGACGCAGUUAGUUCUGAUCCGGGCCAGCCCUCCUGGACUCAGUCGUCACCUCCGCAAGCUUUGAGGGACAGAGUGCUAGAGCCCCAGAGCACAGCUGCCACAGAGGACAGAAUGAGAAAAGAGCCUUACCUUACCCAGCAGCGGCAGUCACCAUACAAGGCAGUGGGACGCAGCAUGGAUGCCACUGCCACCACAACUCAGCCUGGGGUUAUAGUAGUCCCCCUUGUCCAGAUUAAUCCAGACAGACAGCAAGAAGGCAGCUCCAGCACUCCUCCACCGCCUCUGGUUCCUUUCGGGCAAGGCUCCGUAUUCCCUGAGACUCUUCCUCCUGGCACACCCUUGACUUUUCCGACUCUAGAUGAUUUCAUUCCCCCACAUCUCCAGAGGGGUUCCCACCAUAACCAAGCACCCUCUGCGUCUGGCACGUUACCCUCUGUUUACCCGAAACUGCCAUUCUUCUCAACACCACCUUCGCUUGUACCUCCAGUUACGGGGGUUUUGCACAGGGGCUUGAAGCCUGAAAUCACUGGAGUCAUCUCACGUACAGACCCAGGUCCUGCGCUAAAUGAAGUGUCCCAGCCUAGCAGUGGCACUGACUAUCCAACUUCCUUCACAUCAAUCAACAAGUCAUCUUCUGCCUAUCCCUCUACCACAAUCGUCAAUCCCACUAUUGUCCUCUUGCAGCACAAUCGAGAACAGCAAAAAAGGCUUAGUAGCCUGGCAGAUUCAGUGCCAGAUAGACUAGUUUCUGAUAAAGUAGAUCUGGCACUCACACAAGUCAAGCCAGUCCAGGAGCCAGUGCUGAAUGAGAAGAGGGUAAUGGAGGAGAAGAGAAGAAUUGUCAAGAGCCCUCAGCACAUGGUUGAUACUUCUGUUGAUGACAUUGGCAUUCCAUUGAGGAAUACAGACAGAUCGAAGGACUGGUACAAGACAAUGUUCAAACAGAUACACAAGCUAAAUAGAGAUGAAGAUUCUGAUUCAUACUCUCCUCGUUAUUCCUAUUGUGAGGACACCAGAAGCCAGCCUUCAGUUCCUCGCUCCAAGAGUGAGAUGGACCAUAUUGACUCGGAGAAGGUGUUUAAGAGGUCUGCCACUUUGCCCCUACCAAACCGUACUUCGUCGCUGAAAUCAAGCCCAGAAAGGACGGACUGGGAGCCUCCAGACAAGAAGGUGGACACUAGAAAAUACCGUGCAGAGCCCAGGAGCAUUUAUGACUAUCAGCCAGGAAAGUCCUCCGUUCUGAACAGUGAAAAGAUGACUCGGGAUAUAAGCCCAGAAGAGAUAGAUUUAAAGAAUGAACCUUGGUAUAAAUUCUUUUCGGAAUUGGAGUUUGGGAAACCGCCUCCAAAAAAGAUUUGGGAUUAUACUCCUGGAGAUUGCUCUAUCCUUACUAGAGAGGAUAGAAAGACUGAUCUAGAAAAAGACCUCUACCUCUACCAGACUGAGUUAGAGGCAGAUUUAGAAAAAAUGGAGAAGCUUUAUAAAGCGCCACAUAAAAAGCCACAGAAGAAUACAGCAGGUGUUACUCCUCUGGAAACUUCCACAGACCAUUCUUCCUUCUCCACAUAUUCACCCAACUACCACGCUUCAAAGAGGGAUUCAGAACCAGCACUAGGGGACCUUGCUGGCUUGGAGAAUGAGAGACAGAUUUACAAGAGUGUGCUGGAAGGUGGAGAUAUCCCGUUCCAGGGGCUGAGCGGUCUCAAGCGACCUUCUAGCUCUGCUUCCACAAAAGUAGAUUCAGAAUCACCAAGGCAUUUUGCACCGGUUGAUUACAUGGAAACUCCAGAAGAAAUUAUCCGCAGACGUUAUGAUGAUAAAGAGAAACUUUUAGAGGACCAGAGACGGCUUAAACGUGAGCAAGAAGAAGCUGAUAUUGCAGCUAGAAGGCACACAGGGGUCAUUCCAACGCACCAUCAGUUUAUCACUAAUGAGCGAUUUGGGGACCUCCUAAAUGUAGACGAUACAGCAAAGAGGAAAUCUGGGUCAGAGAUGAGACCUGCUAGAGCCAAGUUUGACUUCAAAGCACAGACUCUGAAGGAACUUCCUCUGCAAAAAGGAGAUAUUGUUUACAUUUACAAGCAGAUUGACCAGAACUGGUAUGAAGGUGAACACCAUGGCAGAGUUGGCAUCUUCCCACGAUCCUACAUAGAGCUACUUCCACCAGCUGAGAAAGCUCAGCCCAAAAAACCAUUACCAUUGCAAGUAUUGGAAUAUGGAGAUGCUAUUGCUAAGUUCAAUUUCAAUGGCGAUACGCAAGUGGAAAUGUCCUUCCGAAAGGGUGAAAGGAUCACAUUGAUUCGACGAGUGGAUGAGAAUUGGUAUGAAGGAAGAAUCUCUGGCACCAGUCGUCAAGGCAUCUUCCCUGUCACUUAUGUGGAAGUGCUCAAACGGCCAGUGGUCAAGAAUGCCAUUGAUUAUCCAGACCCACCAGUGUCACUCUCCCCUAACCGCAGCAUGACAGCUUCACCACAGCUUUCCCACCAUUCAUUGAGAGCUGGACCAGAUCUCACAGAGUCUGAAAAGAGCUAUGUGCAACCUCAAGCACAGCAGCAAGGAGCCAGCCCUGACAGAAGUCAAACACCACGAGACAUAGUUAGCUACCAAGCCCUGUACAGCUACACUCCUCAAAAUGAUGAUGAGCUGGAACUGAGGGACGGUGAUAUUGUCGAUGUCAUGGAGAAAUGUGAUGACGGCUGGUUUGUGGGUACUUCCAGGAGAACAAGGCAGUUCGGCACCUUCCCGGGCAACUAUGUGAAGCUUCUGUACCUGUAAAGUAACAGUAGUCCCACAGUGACAGAGAUGGGGUUGUUUUCCAGAUGGUGUUUUUAAACAAUGAAGAAAGAGACAAUUUAUGAAUGUAAUAGACAAGAGAUAAAAAGUGUUAGGAGGAUGUGGUUAUGUGGUACAGUAUUGAGUUGAAUGUGUAGCCCUGUUUCCACUGAUUCGGGGUAUGAUUUGUUUGCUGAAGAAGAGACAGUUUCUAGUUUACAGUGCUGCCUUUGUGUAUUCCUUUCCCUCCCCAGCAAGAGUUCCGGUGAUAACCUUAAUUUGUAUGGAGUACAUUACCUCUGAGAAGGCUUCAGGGAAGCAGAUGGUAUAGGUUUUGUUUGUGUGUUAAGAUAUGACAGUACUUUCAGAAAGUACGUGGCCUUGCAGCUGCUCCCUUUCACUGGUCAGGGAGGCCAGGCUUCCUGCCUUGCUGAAGGCUUACCGUGCUCUGCCUUCCACUCCCGUAGAAAACCCUUCCUUCACGCCACGCACCUUAAGACCCCGCACAGGCAGAGGACAGCCAAUGUGGUCAAACUGCAGAACUCUGCUGAGAAGGAGUUUGGGACUGGUAAUUUAAUCCAGAGAGGUCAGCCAAAACAUACUGCAAACGCGCUGAAAGCCCAAACCCUUUCAUAACACAUUACCUACUUCUGCAAGGUUUUUUUCUUUUGUGCAGGGUGUGUGUGUGUGUGUGAGUGUAUUGUGUGCAGCAAAACGAACAGAGUAAUGUUUUUUUAAAGAGAAAUCAAGCUGGCAUUGACAUUUAUCUGCACAAAGAAUAAAACCAAUAAACAGAACAUCCACGAGAGCAAAUCCUGUUUAUGAGUCCUACGGCUGUUCACUUUGUCUGCUCCCCCUUGUUAGCCCGAAAGGAUUUGAAGCAUGCUCUUUGGGGUGAAGACUUUGCUUCUCUCCUAUCAUUAAAUGUCAGAGGCUCUGAUAAGUCUGAGCAACGUGCCACUGAAGGUGCCUUUUUUUUUGUUCUUACAAUGUAAAUGGUAGAUCCAGUAAAUACCUGCAUUUUGGCUGGCCCUUAGUCCACCAAAAAAGUCUCUGAUUGGUUUGGAAAGCCGUGUUUCCAGCAGUUAUUACCAGUCAUAGAGAUUUGUAUUUCCUUGAGAAAAAAACGUGGCUUGCCUGUAAAUCCACUACAAAAACUCUUUUGAUAGACAUUUUGUUAUUAAGAAGUAUAAACAAGACCGGUUCUAUCAGACUCUGCUUCCUACCAUACAAAUAGCAAAAGGUUAGAUUGCUAUUUUGUCAUAAGCCGUAUUUAGUAAUAUAAAAUGCCUAUUUUUAUGCUGAUGCUUUUAUACAGAUUUAUUAAGAGUAACUACAACUAACUGUUAGCACGACUUGCAAUAUGUUUUGAUAAACUAGCCAUGCUCCUGGGUUUGAAAUCAAGUAGGCUUGUCUUCCGCCUCGGUCCGCGGAGGAGAAGACUCAGUGUCUCAGAAGUUUGACUGUAAAUAUGUAUAUUUAACUUUGUACAGACAAUGUACUUACCUUGUAUAGAAAAAUAAUUUAAACGCAUUGAGUGAAGGGAGGAAAAGAAAGGCAGUUGUCAGAGGUUGGGAUGUUUUUCCACUUUUAUUUAAACGAUGGAAUUCCGUGUGUGUUCAUAUAAAGAGUUCUAGCACAAAAUAUCCACUAUGAAAGAGUUUCAAAUAUGACACAAAGCACCACUGUCUCUUUUCAGUAGGAGAUAUCAUUAAUCCUGCAUCUUAUUUAUGGUUUUUUUUCUGCUUUGGGUUUUUCUUCCAGUUAUUCGCAGCAAUACGUAGGCCUGUUGCUAGGAUUGGAGCACCAAAUUAAUCUGUCCAGCAAAGUAACACAAUAAUACUGACUGUAUAUAACCUACUCAUUUAAAGGUUUAUUUUCUGUUCUUGCUCUUGGCCAUUUUAAGUUACACACACACACAUGCGCGCACACACACACACAAAUCACAACUUAUUUUUGUGUUGAUUUUUGUUUCUUAUUGCAGUGGAUUACUAUUUGACAAUUAAUAAAUGGAAGUAUUGAGUCACUAUUGUGUUUGUUGUACAAAUUAUUAAAUAAAGCCUGUUCCCACUA